AUGUAUUCAACAUCACUUUUAGGUCCUCUGUUUGAUAUCACUGGACCUCGUGGUUUCAUAGACCUAGGCGUCACUGCUUCAAAAACAGUGGCGGAAGCACUUUCUAGUAUACGCAAGAGAAACCACAAUACAGAGAACCUGCAACUAAUCCAUAAUAUGCUGCAAACUUAUCGAAAUAGAACUCCGGAAGAUGCUGCUGAUAAGCCUCAAUGGAAAGCCUCAGGAGAUGUGUAUAAACCCUUUUUCAAUACAAAAACAACGUGGCUGCAGCUCAGACAAGAGGGAUCUGUUCUGGACUGGUACAAAGGAGUAUGGUUCUCUCAUUCAACGCCAAAAUAUAGUUUCUGUGCCUGGCUAGCAAUUAAUCGUCUAGCUACAGGAGACAGAAUGUUGUCCGGGAAUUCCAAUGUACACUCCUCUUGUGUGUUAUGUCAGCAGUCUUUGGAAACACGAAACCAUCUUUUCUUCAACGUGGCUGCAGCUCAGACAAGAGGGAUCUGUUCUGGACUGGUACAAAGGAGUAUGGUUCUCUCAUUCAACGCCAAAAUAUAG